AAUAACAAAGUUGUCGCGAUACGUCAAUCGCAGUAGCCAUUGUCCUGAAUUUGCUUAUUUGUGUAUGAAAUUUCUGUAGUUUUACGUGUAAAUUAGGGUGACAGUAGAGAAACGUAAACGUAUAUAGUGUUGUUUAAGCCUAUUGUUUAUAGCAAAUAAAGAAAAUAUGAAUCCAGAGUACGAUUAUUUAUUCAAACUCCUCCUGAUUGGAGAUUCAGGCGUUGGAAAGUCGUGUUUACUACUUAGGUUUGCAGAUGACACAUAUACGGAAAGUUACAUUAGUACUAUUGGCGUAGACUUUAAAAUUCGCACAAUUGAUCUAGAUGGCAAAACAAUAAAACUUCAAAUUUGGGACACAGCUGGCCAGGAGCGAUUCAGAACAAUAACUUCCAGUUAUUACAGAGGAGCACACGGUAUUAUAGUGGUGUAUGAUUGUACAGAUCAGGACUCAUUCAAUAAUGUAAAACAGUGGUUGGAAGAAAUAGAUCGUUACGCAUGCGAUAAUGUAAACAAGUUGUUAGUGGGAAAUAAAAGUGAUCUUACUACAAAGAAAGUGGUAGAUUACACAACAGCAAAGGAAUAUGCGGAUCAAUUAGGCAUUCCUUUCCUAGAGACGUCAGCGAAAAAUGCUACCAACGUUGAACAGGCUUUCAUGACGAUGGCCGCAGAAAUCAAGAAUCGAGUUGGGCCGCCAUCCUCGGCCGCUGAUCAAGCGAGCAAAGUAAAGAUUGAUCAAGGGCGUCCAAUUGAAACAACCAAGUCAGGAUGUUGCUGAAAAUUUAGUCAUCAUUUGUCUGCAGGUCAUCUCUUAAUUUCUUCAGUAGCAAGUUGCUGCUAAUUUAUAUUAUAGUAAUAUCCGUCUUGUAUGUAUAGUUAUUUUAAAUCUGGUUAUGUUUCAUUCUCCUUCUUUUGAUGAACCUUGUUAAAUUUUAAUGUAAUAAACACCAAUAUUAUUAGCCUAAUUAUUGAUAAACUUCAUUAAUUCAAAGAAGUUUUGACUUGAUUCGUUUCAAAUGCUUCUGAGUACUGUAUUAUGUGUUUUUAGAAAGAAAUAGUCUGGAUGUCUUAUAUUUUAUACUCGAUCAGGACCUGAUUAUUUAUUUCUAAAAAUAUGUGAUUUUCCUUGUCUCUUGCAUAGUGUAAUUUAAUUAGUUAAUACUAGUACUAUUGGGUUUCGUUCACGUUUGAUUACAUUGUGAUUUUCGUUUUAAGUGACUAUUCAGUAUGAUACAAAAUUUUCUAAGAUGUUUGUUCCAGUAUAACAACUUCUGUCGGUUGAAUUUUUAAGAUAGGAACACUGUAGACACUGCACUCACUCUUUGUAAAUUAAUGCACAUGACUUGAUUUUUUUUUCAAAUAACUUUACUUUUUUACAUGGGGAUCCAAUUGGAAGUUUUAGUUUGGUAGAGGAACAAACGGAUAAACUUACCAUUUAUAAUCAUUUAAAUUUUGUAUAAUUGCUGUUCAUCUAUGGUUAAACAAAUCAUAAUAGAUUGUCAUUUUUGUAGUUCAUAUUUGUAUAAGAAUUAUUGUAAUGAGUAAAGAAUUAAUAUUCAAAUCGAAUAA